AUGAAUGGAGCUGUAGAAGCUGCCAACAAAAACAUAAAGAAGAUUCUGAGGAAAAUGAUUGACAAUCAUAAUGGUUGGCACGAGAUGUUGCCAUAUGCUUUGUUGGGUUACAGAAAGACUGUCAGAACGUCGACUGGAGCUACUCCAUAUUUGCUAAGAAUGAUUCGUGCUUUCCACAAGAAAGUAAGAGCCAGGAUAUUUGAAAUUGGUCAAUUGGUUCUCAAACGCAUUUUCCCUCACCAGAAUGAAUAUAAAGAGAAAUUUGCACCAAAUUGGCAAGGACCCUACAUGGUUCGCACAGUAUUAUCUGAAGGUGUCUUGGUUCUGUCGGAGAUGGAUGACAUUGAAUGGCCGAAACCAAUCAACUUAGAUGCUGGCAAGAGAUAUUAUGUGUGA